AAUGAGUUGUUUACUUCUAUUCUUUCUGCAGGUGACAGACAGCAGACUCCCCUCCCCUUCCUGGACAAGAACUCCAAUCAGGAUGCCUGCCCUGCCUCGAGCCAGGAGGUCGACGCCCUCAACAACCUCAACAGCCCCGCCCCUUGUCAGAACAGAUUUGCGGGACAGAACCUCAACCUGACCCUGAGCUCCAGAGUUAAUCCCAUGGAGGGGCUCUCGCUGCCCUCCCCCCCCCAGCCGCAAGCGCCUCGCCCCCCCUCGCUGUCUGUCCUUUCGUCCCUGACCAGACCGGACCCUUCGGAGGUGGACGACCAGGCCCCCGUGACCCCUGACUCCAGCCCUGACCCCAAGCCGAACCACGACCUCGCCAUCGACCCUGACCUCCUCAACGGAAACCUGACCUCCGAGUCCUCGACGUCCAGCGCCGAGACUCCGUCUCACCCCGAGGGACCUGACGAUUCGGAGAACCAAUUGCCUCAGAGGAGCGGCGGAAGCAGCAUCAUCACGACUGCUGAGCAAGUCCGUUUCCUCUGUGUGCUGUUGAACUCCUGUAAAGUGAACAGGAACCCGGCUGUGAAGCAGGACGUCAGUGGAAAGGAGGGGGAUCAUCGUGAGGGCCACGCCACAGAUGAAGAGAAGCUGGCAAGCAGUGUUGGUGUCAGAGCAGACAAAGACCAGAGCAAUCCAGAGAGUUGUGUGUCACCCAAAGCAGAAGAGGCAGAAUGUUGUUCCAUGUAUGAGGAACCCUGCAAACUGAAGAAUGCCAGUCUGUCAGGAAGUGACACGCCAAAGACAGGAAGUCAGGUCUUAGACUCCAUCUGCAUCAGCGAGGCUGAGAAAACAGCCGUUCUCACCCUCAUCAGAGAGGAGAUCAUCACCAAGGAGGUCGAGGCCAGCGACUGGAGGAGGAAGCAUGAGGAGAGCAGGCAGGAAGUCCAUGAGAUGAGGAAGAUAGUGGCAGAGUAUGAGAAGACCAUCGCUCAGAUGAUCGAGGACGAGCAGCGUAACAGCAUGAGCCACCAGAAAUCCCUUCAGAGUGUGAUCAUGGAGAAGGACUCGGCGCUGGGGGACCUGAACUCUGUAGAGCGCUCUCUGUCCGACAUGUUCCGUCGCUACGAGAACAUGAAGAGCACCCUGGAGGGGUUCAAGAAGAAUGAGGAAGUGUUGAAGAAGUGUGCGCAGGAAUACUUGGCCAGGGUCAAGCAGGAGGAGCAGAGAUACCAGACCCUCAAACUCCAUGCCGAGGAGAAACUAGACAAGGCCAAUGAGGAGAUAGCCCAGGUGCGUGGGAAGGCGAGCUCAGAGAGCGUGGCUCUGACGGCCAGUCUGAGGAAGGAGCAGAUGAAGGUGGACUCCCUGGAGAGAGCCUUGCAGCAGAAGAAUCAGGAGAUCGAGGAGCUCACUAAGAUCUGUGACGAGCUCAUCGCCAAGAUGGGAACAUCCGACUGAGGGAUUCCAUGAAUUUCCCAAUCAACCAAUCCGAACCCUUUUAGCCUUGCCAACAGCCUAUAGCGUUCCGCUCUGCAUGCAUCCAGCCAAUGAGCAGCUCUGCAACCCUGCUGUGAGCCCACCCUCAGGAUGUUGCUGCUUAACUGGUACAUCCUAUGAACACAUCCUAUAGAGUGCACCUUGUCCACAUGCACCAGAUAUUGCACUAAAUAUUUAAUUUAAAACAAGGUCUAUGUUACAUGUGGAUCCUCCUCCUUCACUUCAGGAACGUAUUGCAGCUUCGCACACAAAAAAAAAUGUCUUGGUAAAAUACUGUAUAUCUUCAGUGUAAAUAAAGUUGUUAUAUUCACAACCCCUGCAAAUGUCUCCUCCCAUAGUAUAAACACAAUACUAGUAACCCCCUUGACUGUAGCUGUCAUGGCUUUGCAUACAAGUGCUUAAAUAAAUGUAACUGACAAUGAUUUUAUCUGUACAAAAACCUUCUCCACACCUGCCAUAAUAUCACAGUAAUUUACUGCACUGGGAUGUAUGGAUGAAUUGGGGUCAGAUUGGUGGGGUGGGCGUGGCAUGGGCAAGGUCAGGGUGCUUUGUCGCUGAGAGGAGGGAGGAGGUUCUCAAGGAAAUACUGUGGAUAGCUUUUACUAACCUGCGAGGCCUUGUGCUGUUGUUAUAAACUGUGUUCCGUCCUCCCCUGAUACUGGUUUACUGUGAAACCAGAAUUGCUUCUGUACGCGUUUUGGGAUUUGCACAUGACAUUUAAACUUUGCCGGUUGUAGACAUCAUUCACCAAUGUAGUGAAAUAUAAUCACCAACUGGAGGUUAAGACAAAAACAAUUUUUUGCGUGAAUGUGUUCGAAGAAAUGUUAUUUGGAAGAACGUUUUCGCUCUCUGGAUCUUUAAACAGGCAGUUCCUUUUACCAUUUGAAACAUACCUUUUAGUUAUUGUUUAAGACAAGCUGGUCUGUGAUAAUCCACCUUGUUACAUGCCAACUGUAAAGUUCAGCUAGGUGAACUAAUGCCAUGCCUGUUCAUCCUUCCAGACAAUGUCACGUACCAUCCUAUUAGCUCCAGCAACAAUGAUCAUGUUUAUAUUAGAAAAUGUAUAGUUUAUCAUUCUGUGACCUUUUCUACAAAGAUGAUUUGUAUCUGUACUGCAAAUUCAGAACAAGCACAUACUACAGAUCUUUUGACAUUGUGUUUUGUUUAUUAACAUUUGCAGAGUGUGUACCUUUUGCCUGAAUAAAUAUGAAUAGUCGCGA